ACGGAAGAGGAAGUGAUAUUGGUUUGUUUUCCAACUUCGAGACAGCAGUAUGCUGAUAAACAGGAGAUCACUUCGAUGUUAGCUGGGUCUAUUUACUUUUUUCGACUGGACACAUAAACUGUACUAGCAGUACUUACACUACUACUACUGCUACUGUCAACAUUAUGUCAAAACUAUGGAUAAUACUGUCUGUCAUUCUCCUGUCGACUCAGACCUACUCUCAAGAGGCUAUUUUGCACAUCUCGAAUGAAUCCAUCGAUAAAGAGUAUUGUCUUGUUUACAAUGCCGCCUGGACAAAUCUCUCCAACUCUCUCAGAGAUUCGGUGAAGUACGAGGUGGUGAAUCUGGUGUCCAGCUAUCUUUGCAACUCCUCUGCUAUCCCAGAUGUGAAGGGAAAGGCACUUGUGGUAAUGAGGGGACAAUGUGACUUCAGUCAGAAGGCACUGGUAGCCCAAGAAAAGGGAGCUGCUGCUCUCAUCAUUGCCAGUAAUAAGACUAUGACUCCACCAUCAGCAAAUGAAUCAGAAUAUGAGAAGGUUCAUAUUCCGCUGGUCCUUAUGCGCUAUCGAGACUUUGUUGAUGCUCAGCAGGUCUUUGGCAAGGAUAUGACUGCAAGACUGUAUGCCCCCCCUGUGCCAAUGUUUGAUGUAAGCAUUGUUGUGAUGCUGAUCAUCGCAGUGUCUACAGUCGCGCUGGGAGGCUUCUGGAGUGGUGCAGCAGAAAAGGACAAACAGAGUGAAGGAGCUUUUCCGGGGAGGGUUGAUGAUGCAUCAAGUCAAGAACUGUCUUUGUACUCUCCGCUGAAAGUCAUCAUCUUCGUGGCUCUCAUGUGCGCUAUGCUGGUGCUCAUGUACUUUUUCUACAGGUGGCUUGUUUAUGUUAUCAUCGUCAUCUUCUGCCUGGCCUCAGCAACAGCCUUAUAUAGCUGUUUGGAUGCCCUGCUGAAUAGGAUUGGGUGUGGAACAUGCAGCUUCUCCUGCCUGAGCAAAGAUUUCUCUGUGAGAUCCCUAGUGCUGGCGGCCCUGUGUGUCAGCGUGGCUGUGGUCUGGGGAGUCUACAGGAAUGAGGACAGAUGGAUCUGGAUACUCCAAGAUUUGUUGGGCAUUGCCUUUUGUCUGAAUUUCAUGAAAACAAUCACCCUCUCAAACUUCAAGAUAUGUGUGAUCUUGCUGAGCCUGCUGCUCCUCUACGAUGUGUUCUUUGUCUUCAUUACUCCCUUCUUCACGCCGAAUGGAGAGAGCAUCAUGGUCCAAGUUGCCCUGGGGCCAGAGUCUGCUGGGGAGAAGAGUGAUGGUAACAUUGUGGAAGUACCAGCCGACCCCACACCCACCUAUGAGAAACUUCCGGUGGUCAUGAGGGUCCCCAGGUUCUCUGCCUGGGCUCAGAACCUAUGUGGCAUGCAGUUCUCAAUCCUGGGCUAUGGAGACAUCAUUGUCCCAGGCUUGCUGAUCGCCUACUGCCACAGGUUUGAUGUCUGGACUGGCAGCUCGAAGAGAGUUUACUUCUUUUCCUGCACAAUAGCCUACUUCUUGGGCAUGAUCGUGACUUUCGCGGUUAUGCUCCUGUCCAAGAUGGGACAGCCAGCCUUGCUGUACCUGGUGCCUUUCACCCUCAUCACCAGUGCUGUGGUGGCGUGGAGCCGGAGAGAGAUGCAGCAGUUUUGGGCAGGAACCACUUACCAGGUGUUGGACUCUUCCAGGGAGCCUUUAUCGCAAGAUGGAGAACCUGGAUAUACCAGCGGGGAGAGAAAAUGCUGAUUGUAACUCAUAAGUCACUGGAUGUGUGGAUCACUAUAUUUCCCUUUUUGUAUACAUGACUCCAUCUUUAACAGAAAGGGACUUUGGUAAUGUUAUGACAUAAUGAUCAAUCAUGGUUUUAUUAGAUUUUAAAUUGACAUUUAGAUUGGUGAUUACAUCUUCAUUUGCUUAAUUGUCCUUGUAAUGCUGUAAAAUCUUUUUGGAAUAUCAAAGGCUACUGCUGACAUUUUUGCCUCAGUGACAGACAAAAGUGACUGGACAAAGCACUUUAAUCGUUUGAGAUGUUUAUUAUAAAGCAACAGACAACUUGUAUAAAAAGGUUUUGUAUCAUUAAUUUUUCAGAGCUUUGGUGUACAUUUUUGGUGAUCGGGAUUCAUUGAGGGAGGGAAGGGCCUUAUUGAUGCCUUAAAUUGACUUUUAAGGUCUGUUUUGAUGUUAUUCUUUGUAAACAACUUAAACACAUUAAAAAGUGUUGCUGAUGUUUA